CUCCGCGCGGUGAGGUCGUGUUUCCCGCGCUCCAUUAAAAAAAAACGUGUAAAUUCGCGCGCCAUUGUUUUAUUUAACAUUAAAAAAAAAACAGUGCUGUGAAUUCUAUAGUGUAUCGAGUACUUUGAAUGUAUAGAUUGUACGUAGGAAAGUGGAAGAGAAAUGUACACAAAUAAUAACCGUUGAAGAAUGCGCGUAACAAUGGCGACCGCCGCAAAAUUCCACAUGGGCUCACAACAGAUGGCGCUGCACCAAUCAUGAAGUUCAAUCCUACCACCACUAGAUGGCGUGCUUUUAAAACAUUAAAGUGUCAGUGCAAUUGAUAAAUAUUGUGUUGAUAGUGGUUGCAUUAUAUAUAUAUAUAUUUUUAGUGUCAAAGUGCUUGUGAGAUGAUAGAGGGGUCCAGACACGGGCCCAGUGGCGCCUCGACGGGGCAUGAUUUUGAAAAAGAUGAUGAAAGUUCAGUGCCGGAAGACACAAGCUAUGAAGAACUCACGUCACUGAAGAGUCUGCUGCACUUUCCCGAGGAGGUGGCACUGAGGCUCACUGACACUGAGUACCAGCUGUUUUAUCAAGUACCUCCAAUAGAUUAUCUGAGACAAGUCACGUUGGACCUGGGCGGAGAGGGCGUGCUGGGGGCCGUCAGCGAGCGUCAUAUGAUACGCAGGGCGCCACCUACACACACGCAGCAAGCGAAGAGCACCGUACGCGCCCUCAUUCGAAGAUUCAACGAGGUCUCAGCGUGGGUGACGGAGUUGGUACUCUCGCAGACGACCUCCGAGGACCGGAAGGCGGCCCUCGCCUGUAUCCUGCGCAUCGCCCUCACCUGCUGGAACAUUGGAAAUUUCAACGGCGCUAUGGAGAUUGUCGCAGGCCUGAAGUCCAACAAACUCAAAGCCUUCUGGUUCAGCAUAUCGGACGAGCCGCUACCAGCGCUGGACUUCCUCUCAGCGGCUUUGCUGUCGGCGGAGUACGAACGAGCCCUAGGCCGAGCACUGGCCAUGCCCGAGUGUCGACUCAUACCGUUCUUUGGCGCCUUUUUAAGAGAACUCAGGGAAAUCCUGGCCGCGUCUCCGGCGCUCACCAGCCACUCAGUGGCGGCGACGCCCACGCACCGGCGUGACUUCAAGAGGGAAUCCACUAAAGAGGAUAGAGGGUCUCUAAAGAAGGACGCCAGACGGGAGAGUGGAAAGCGAGUCGACCAGGGCACCACGACUAGUCCACUCCGGGACAGCAAACGUGACUCCAGGGUCAACGAGCCUAGUCGACAAGUGUAUAUAGCAUCGUUCGACGAGGAAGGCGAAACGGCUCCCGGCUGGAGGCGCGUAGGUCCCGAGGGUCUGGUCAACUUGGAGAAGGUGUACCGGACGCAGGCCGUGAUGGACCACAUAGCUAGCUUCCAUCAGCACCAUUACGCGCUGGCGAGGAACAACCUUCCCAUUUUUGGGGACUUUUUAAGAGCAGCAAUGGCUGCGUGCGAAGAGCCAGUGUUCACCCAAUCCUCGCAGAAGACGUCCGGCUGUGACUUUGAGAAUGAGGCCUUAUACGAGCUGGAGGGGGGCGGGUAUUGCCCUGUACAGCCGCUCCCCCAUGACCACGGUGUCACCAUGUUCCCAUUAGCACCACAAAAUGGCGACAGAAUCGAUAGGCAUGUUUUACAAAUAAUGCAUCAUGGAACCGCAUGUAUAGUAGGGGAGGCAGAAUGGGGAGGCACUCUUGCGCAGCUGCGGUUGGAACGAGCCUGUGCGCUGCUCACUUGGUGUAGAACUGCCCACAGACCCCAUACACAACAUGGGGAUACUCCAUCGGAAAACAUGCAACAGCCAGAAGUCAGCCUCUCCUACAAUCCUGAAGAAGUUAUACCCCUGAAGUACACGGCGAAUGUUCAUGAUAACGAAGCGGGGAUUGUUGGUGAAGAAGGCUUCAUCGACCUCCAGUGCGUGAAGGACAUGCGCCUCGGUGGCAAGCUGUUGGAACCGAGAGACUACUCCGAGCUGACCGCCUGCGCGAAACGGCACGGCCUCGAGAGCUGUUCGCAUGGACCACAUAUCAUUUCCCUGGUGUACGGCCGGACGCUUAGCGACAACCGGACUGUGCAUUUGGUGCUACCAUCUUACUCUUAUAGGGUGUGGGCGGUGGGACUGCACUCCGUCAUUCGAGCGCUGAUGAGCCAAGCCAAGCUGGCUGAUAGGAGUUUAGCAUGGCUGAAGAAUAAGUACACAGCACUGUACUACGAAGACGGGUGCUGUUGCGAGCCACUCGUCUCUGAUGCUAUUAGGGUAUUCGGCGGACGGGAGAGCACAUGUGGCAGCUCGUCGCACUCCACACCCGUCAAGGGGGCCUACACAGACUCGCACUCGGAUUCCAUUAGAAGUACAGGGAUUAAAUUUAAGAAAAACAAAUCCACAUCAGAACUGAAGACAAGCUCGCCGAAGAGUUACGGCUCCACGCACACGUCAGGCACUCGGAGUGAGGAUGAAGUGGUGCUAACUCACUCACCGAGACACAGCUCGUACUCAGCUGCUAUGAGUCAACACCACCCGUGCGCCCCACGGCACAGCAGCCUGACAGCGGCGGCUACCAGCAUCAUGGCCGGCUCGCCGAACAGGAGUAGUUUAAGAAGACUGGAGACCAGCGAAAGAUUUUGGGAGAACCUGAAACACUUGAGGACUGGCUCCGUCGGUUACGAUACGCAAUUAGAUUUUAUGGACUUCGUCGCCUUAUUCAGAAGUUUUAGUUUAGUAAUGCGUUCAGAAUUGCGUGAUGUGUUCGAACAACUAGCAGUGCCUAGAAAUAAAUCACCCCUGCUGGGGACAGAGAAGAGUCGAAGUUCCCCAGAAUUGUUUAGAGGAAAAGCUGCCUUUAGAACUGGCCUAUUAACUAGGAAUGGAUCGUUAGACUUAGAACCUCCCAGUGAUAAAGCGAGUCGAAAGAAGGCUUUCGACCUGCUGGCGGCCGCCGCUCUACCUGGGGCGUGCCCAGACGUGAGCGGCAGGGUACUGUCGAUGCCAACGCUAGGCAAAUUCUGUGAGACAAGACAAAAUGAACCAAAGACUGAGGAUCAGCUGAGAGAUAUAAUUCAGAGACACGAACCGGACUCGACGUUGCGCUCUGAACACUGCCUCUCUUUCGAGGGGUUCGUAAGAUUUCUCACGGACAAGGACAACUACGCAUUCGUGCCUGAGCAAAGGAGAGCUAACAAUUUCAUUAGCAAGCCCCCCAAAACUGACGACGAGGAGCUAAGCAGGGAUAUCUCCAAGCAGAUGAGCGGUCCACUCAGCCAGUACUACAUAGCCAGCAGCCAUAAUACUUACCUGACCGGCCACCAGUUGAAGGGGGAGUCCUCCGUUGAGCUGUACAGCCAGGUGCUUCUAACGGGAUGUCGGUGCGUGGAACUGGAUUGUUGGGACGGAGACGACGGCAGCCCGGUCAUCUACCAUGGACACACGUUCACAACCAAAAUCCCGUUUCGGAGAGUCGUGGAAACGAUAGCACGGAGUGCGUUCGUGGCGUCUCCAUACCCCCUGAUCCUGAGCAUCGAGAACCACUGCAGCCUGCCGCAGCAGCAGGUCAUGGCCAGCACGUUUGAGGCAGUGUUCGGAGACAAGCUGGUGACGUCAUUUCUAUUCGAAAUUGACUACACCGAUGACCCUCGGCUGCCGAGUCCCGAACAGCUCAAAUAUAAGGUGCUUAUAAAAAACAAGAAACUCCCACCAAUAGAGUCUAGCCCGACCGUCGGACUUACUGGCGCGAGUUCAGCUCAAGGCUACAGCGGAGUCCUCGCUACUGCCUUCAGGUCAAACGGCAUCCGACACACCAGCACCUCACUCCAGGAGCAAAGCAACAGGACCAGUUCGAUCAUGUCCAACCAGUCGGCGGGCAGCUCGCUCACCGAGUACUUCUCCGACGAGGACUAUGAUGAAGACGACGAGGAACUUGAUGAGAAGGAACUGCACAAAAUCCUCAAAUCCAUGGAGGACAAGUGCGGUCGGACGUCCCUCUCGCUCUAUCAGAGCUUCAGAAGGAGUGAGGGGGACGGAGAGACAACAACUGGAAGCGUCAAACACACAACUACGAGGAAACGAAGCAAUCAAAUCGCCAAAGAGCUGAGCGAUAUGGUCACAUAUGUUCAGGCAAUAAAAUUUCGUGGCCUCAGCCCCUUAUCGCCGAAGAGUUCCAUCAAACAGCCGAGCAGUUCAAGCGCCGCUAAAGACAGCGCUCCCUGCAGCAGCUUCGAGUCUUCAGAGAGCAGCGACAGUACCGGGACGCAAUUAGCCCAGCAAUCACAGUCGUCCGGCGGUCGCGCCCGCUGUCUGAACGCUCCGGCCGUCCACCACCCGUGCUACCGGUGCUCCUCCGUCAACGAAGCGAUUGGCAAGAAGAUCUGCAGGAAGCAUCCACUUGCCCUGGUCGCUCAUACGGAAACCCAACUGGUUAGGACUUAUCCCGCCGGCCUAAGGAUCGACUCGUCGAACUUCGACCCGGUUACGUUCUGGUCGUGCGGCGUGCAGCUGGUCGCGCUCAACUACCAGACUGAGGACGCGGCGAUGGCGGUGAACGCCGCCAUGUUUGAAAGCAACGGCUGCGUGGGCUACGUUAGGAAACCGCCUGUCAUGUGGGAUCCUGGCCAUAUCGCUUAUAGACGGUUCAAUCCAAUGGACAAGGAGUUCGACGGCAUCCACGCGGCCCACCUGACCCUGGCGGUCAUAUCGGGCCAGUACGUCGCCGAGAACGUGUACUCAUUCUACAACGCCUUCGUGGAAGUGGAGAUACUGGGCGUGCCGGCGGACUGCAAGAAGAUAAGGACCAAGGUCGCCAGGAAGAACGCCCUGAACCCUAUAUGGAAUGAGACGUUCAGUUUCAAGGUCAACUUUCCCGAGCUAGCGUUCGUCCGUUUCGAGAUAUACGAUGCGGACACCAAUUAUAUGCUGUCACAGAGGGUGAUACCUCUGCAGUGUCUUCGGCCCGGCUACAGACACGUACGACUACGGUCACCAACAAACCAGCCACUAAACAUGGCGUCCCUCCUCAUCUUCUCCCGGUGCUGCGAGGAGUUGGCAGGCGAGUCGUGCCGCGGGGACCUGGAGCCGAGCUCGCCCCACGAGAGGCGGAAGAUCCACUUCCUGGUGGUCUACGCGGUGGCCAGACACGAACCGUACUCAAUACUCAAGGUCACGCAGGACACCACAGCAAACGAGGCCAUAGCCCAAUGCCUAACAAAGGCUGGGGUUUGCCGGUCGUCCCGGGGUAACUACGUGCUGGUGGAAGAAGUACCCUCCAGGGCACCGACACAGAGGGUUUUGGCUCCUCACGAGAGGGUGCUAAGAGCGGCCACAGCCAGACCUGGAGCGAGAUUGCUCUUGAAGAGAGUUGGAGAUGAUCCCAGUAGCAGAGCUUGGUUGACUAGUAUCAGAUCAGCGUCGUCGGACCGGUCGCGCGACCGCACAGUCCAGUCGGACGACGAGUCGAGCGCCCAGGAGGAGGAGACGCGGCGGCCGCCCGACAGCUUCCUCGUGUGCGUGCACAAUGUCUCCCACGAGAUACCCUACGCGAUACUCAAGGUGCCGUUGAGUGCAACAGCGUCGUACGUCGUCUACCAAGCGCUCACAAAAGCCCGAUGUCACGAUGACCCUAAAAGAUUUGUGCUGGUCGAAGAACUGGAGUGGGGUGGACGGACUGGGACAGGUCCUCAGCAAAGGGCUCUAGCUGAUGAUGAAGUGGUGUACGCUGCUCAGGCAACUUGGAAAACUCUAGGCAGAUUCGUUCUUCAAGAGAAAGGCAGUACAGCGCCCAUACCCAGGCAUAGGGCUGCAAUAGCGAGGAUACAACGGGGGCUCAGCAUGACCAGAGGAGCCAUUACAGGUGGGGCGUUCCCUCUCGGAGGCAGCGUGGCGACAGAGAAUGUAGCGACAGAAGGAAAACCGCCCGUACAACCCGCGUACAGUGAGCCCACACAAUGCAGACGAAUAUCAACAACGCCCUUGGGCAAAGGCAUUGGUCGCGCCAAAGGACACUCCGACAAGGACAUGAGAACGUUUAUGCAAAGGCGAGCCGGAUCGAGAGAGGUACAUUCGGAGGGCGAGACGGUCGGCGGGUCGCUGGGUGCUGAAGCACUCGCUGCACAAGUAGCAAGGUUUAAGCGUGUCUCAUUGAGAAAAUUGCGGGCGUGGCGCUCCUGAGUGUGGCAGGUUUUUCGCCGGCUCGGCACCAGGUUAGCUAACCACCGGGCCUCCCUAUCAUCAGAGCUCGGUUCUCUCUGGGACUUCAUCCGUAUAGAUCGCGACAGACGACGGUCAGCCCCAGCAGGUACCUCCUACGAACCCA